UCCUUCCGGACACACUACUGUGAGACGUCGUUCCGACCCCUUAAUGGUUCCGUCUAAAGAUGGCGGGUUACGUUAAUGUUGUCCGAAGGGCUUUUGGACAAAUAGGAGGUCACGGCGGAAUUAGAGGGUUUCUUCUUCAACUCUUUAGGGUAAACGACGUAAAGACAGGGGCGCUGAUUGGUGUUGACAAAUAUGGCAACAAAUACUACGAGGACAAGAAGAACUAUUUCUUUGGACGACAUCGCUGGGUGAUCUACACCACACAGAUGAACGGAAAGAACACUUUGUGGGAUGUGGACGGCAGCAUGGUGCCCGCCGAAUGGCAUCGCUGGCUCCACUGCAUGACAGACGACCCCCCGACAACACACCCUCCGGAGCCCAAGAAGUUCCUGGCCGAGGUCCACCAGUUCAACACGAGCGGCAGCCCCCAGCAGUACGUGCCCUACUCCACUACCCGCAAAAAGAUUCACGAGUGGGUGCCGCCCCAAGCCGGAGCUCAUUGAGCUCCUGAAACUGAUGUUCUCCUCAAUAAAACCUCUGUAUGUACCUUCACAA